AGAGAGAAAACAGUUACUGUCGUCCAUGGCGCAUUCUCGUCGGAAUUCGCCCAGGAUUUCUGCAAUUUGUUCACCGGCGAGAGUAGAUCAUCACACUGGCGCCUCGUCGAAAUCCUCUGAAGUUUUGCGUGACAAGUUGCAUGCUGAGAUUCAAGGUAUUAUUGGCACAAAAUCAAUCCCUGCUACCAAAUCGACCUCUGUAAUGGUGUCUGCGUCUUCUCCGGUGGCCGAUACUUCUCCUGCUGUGAAUCCAGUCGCACCAACAAGAAUUUCUUGGGCAGAUGUAGUAACAAGCGACAUGGGUGAGGUUUGCUUUACAAAUGUUAUGGGUAAGGCUUCUCUCUCUUAUUUCCCUCCUGAGAUGGUUGACGGAAAGCCAGUCGUGAAACCGCCUAGCUCAGUCUAUCAAGAAGGAAUCAAAUCUAGGGAGAAUUGCCUUAUUGGGAGUUUCUUGGGUAGUUCCUCUCCGAAUUAUGGUGAUAUUGUAUAUACAGUUAAUCACCUCUGGGGCAAGAAAGGGAAAAUCUUAGUUACUGGUAUGGGUAAUGGUACUUUCCUGUUCCAGAUUCCUGAUAGUGCAACUAGAGAUUGGGUUCUAAAUUCCAAGAUUCCAUGGCAUGUAAGGCACAAGAUCUUGAUUCUACGAAAGUGGGACCCUAAUGCAGUGCUCUCCAAGGCCAAACCUGCAAAGAUGCCAAUCUGGGCUACUAAGCAGCGUACUCGUGUUAAUUUUGCCCAAAUAUGUGUUGAAGUAGAUGUUGAAAAGAUUCACACUCUUCCUGAGUCUGCACCUGUGAAUCUUGAUGGUAAUUUGCAGGAGGAGGUCUCAUUUGAAUAUCCUUGGCUCCCUGUCAAGUGUGAGACUUGUAAAAAGGAGGGUCAUACUAGUCGGGACUGUGCAAAGGAGAGUCAAAGUAUGGUUGUACAGAAGCAAGAAUGGCGCACAAUUUCCAAAGGAAAAAAGAAAGAGCAGGCUAUAGUUGAGGAAGACAAAGGGCCAGCUCAAGAGAAGGAUAUUCAAAUUGUGCAGGCAGUGGAACCCACGGUGCUUUCAAAGAGCCCAAGUCUCCCACUUGUUAAUUCAUUUGAUGUGUUGGAAAAAUCUUUUGAGCUUGCCCAAGUAUCUGAACAACCUCAAGCUGAUGCUGCGCCCAUUCUUGAGCCAAGAAAAGUGAGAACAGCUUCCCAGGGAGUUGCUAUAGCAAUAAAGGCACUAGUUCCCAAGCAAAGACAGCCUAGAAAAAGUUCAAAUUCCUCUGGUGAGAGGAGUCUUAAGAGUUACUUAUCUCAGUAUAAUGCAGAUAUUGUAUGUUUGUUAGAAACUCAUGUCCAACAGAAGAAUUUCAUUAUGGUUUCUGAUUCUCUGUUGCCUGGAUGGACUGCACUUAACAACUAUGAGCAUGCCAAAUUAGGAAGAAUUUGGGUAUUUCAUAGACCCCAUAUUCACAUGUCUAUAUCUAGUAUGCAUCAUCAGGCCAUUCAUUGUCAUGUAUUCAAUUCAACAACUGCUCAAUAUCUGUUCUUGAGUGUGAUAUAUGCUGAUCCUUAUUCUAUUGAUCUGAGGCAAGAUUUAUGGGGGGAGCUAGUAGCCAUAAGUCAAGCUUUGCUUAAUGUACCCUGGUUGGUUGGGAGAGAUUUCAAUGAAAUCAGGGAUUUGUGUGAGAGAUCAGAUUGGCAAUCCAUUUCUUGUCUUCCGAAGGAGGCAGAGAGGAACUUAGACCCCAUUGCAAAAAAGCUAGAUCGUUUAAUGGUAAAUGAGUUCUGGUUCGAUGUCUUCCCCAAUACUACUGCAGAAUUUCUACCACCAGGUUGCUCUGACCAUUGUGCAAGAUUAGUAGACAUAAAAAUCCCUGAGGAGACAAGAGAUAGAAAGCCUUUUAAAUUUUUUAAUUUCUGGGCUAAGCAUGAAAAUUUCCUUACUUUGGUAAAACAAUCCUGGGAAACUAAUUCAGUACAUGGAUGCUAUAUGUUUCAGCUAUGCAAGAAAUUGAAAGCUUUGAAAUUAGUUCUUCGGAAGCUAAAUAGAGAGCACUACUAUGAUUUGCAGAAUAGAUUACAACAAGAGAAAAGCAAGCUACAUAUUAUACAAGCAGAUUUGUUGGCAUCUCCUCAUGAUGCUCUAGUCAGUAUUGAGCAUGAGCAAGCUCAGAAGGUGGCUGCUUUGCAACUGGCAGAGGAGUCCUAUUUUAAGCAAAAAUCAAGGAUUCAAUGGCUAAAAGAGGGUGAUGGCAAUACAACCUAUUUCCAUAAGGUGGUUAAGGCUAGAACUUGUAAAAACACAAUAAGGGAGCUAUAUACACUUGACAACAAGAAACUCACCUCCCCAUCUGAUAUGCAAAAAGAGGCUGUUGGUUUUUACAAGGGGCUGCUAGGGACAGCUGACAGAAACUGUAGUCAGAUUGAAACAGAUUGUUUAAAAAGCUUACUUCAAUACCAGUUGCCUGACGAUAUGAAAAGUUCCCUCACACAACCUAUUACAGCUAAAGAAAUUAAGGAUGUGGUUUUCAAUAGCCCAACAAACAAAGCACCUGGACCAGAUGGCUUUACAUCAGAAUUCUAUAAGGCUGCAUGGCCUGUGGUUGGUGAUUUAGUGAUCAAGGCAAUUAAGGAAUUUUUCACAUCAGGAAUGGUUUUAGCCCCAGAUGUGCACUCAAAAUUGAUCUUAUGAAGGCAUUUGAUUCAGUCUGCUGGGAUUUUGUUUUUCAAGUCUUCUUAGCUCUUGAUUUUCCUAUAAA